AUGAAGAGGUUUUCCUUUGUUUCCUUCUGCGCAGCGGCGCUGGUGCUGCUGCUAUUUUCAGGUGAAACUCGCACGGCGGAAGCAGUGACAUUGGCGCUGGUGGUGCUGCUAUUUUCAGGUGAAACUCGCACGGCGGAAGCAGUGACAUGUGACGCCUCGCAGCUCAGCCCCUGCUUGGCGGCGAUCACGUCUUCAAAGCCUCCAUCAGCCACUUGUUGCAGCAAGCUGAAGGAGCAGCAGCCAUGCUUUUGUGGGUACCUUAAGAACCCAACUCUUAAACAGUUCGUCGACAAUCCCAACUCCAAAAGGGUUGCUAGCACUUGUGGAGUUGCAUAUCCUAAAUGUUAA